CAACACCGUUGAAAUUCUGGGGUUACAGGAUAUUGCCGUGAAUCGUGUGGAACAGACAUGCCAGGCAAUCUCCUACGAAGAAUCUUCUGCUUGUUUCCCCCUUAUUUCCUGCAUUGACCUGUGGACUCUUUUACUUCGUGUUAUCCUCGUGUUUUCAGCGAGGCGGUCUAUGUGAAUCACAAGACCCAUAAGACUUAAGCGUACCAAAGCGUUUUUCAAUACUUAAUAUCUUCCUCUCCCAUGCCCAUUCGCUUGUUGGAGCCAUCAUCUCUUUCCCCUUCUCAAUCUCUCUCGACGAUCUCAGGAACGCCUAGCUCGCUUGCAACGACUUCCUCGAUAACUUGUGACUCAACUACACCUACGAAACUUCUUCCAUCGUCUCGAACACAUUCGCCACGAGGUCGCGUUUGCACACCGAAUAAACUAACUCCCUCUUUCCACUCACAACCCACUCUCGCAAUGUCUAUAAUUGCUCCCAGUCCUCGUAUCCCUCACCAACAGGGCAGCUCCUCGCGUACCCAGCGACCUCACUCGCCUCCCCCAAGACCUUCAUCACGGUCAGAGCGUCUACUGCGAGAUACCCUCAGGAAAGACAAUACCCUUCGUACAACCGUUACCUCCCGUGCACGUUCGCGCUCGCGGUCAACGUGCAGUGACUGUGACGAUGACAACUUCUUCCAACCCGUCCUGAUUUUCCAACCGUCCGAGUCGCGCAGGAAUAGUGCUGCUUCUACCCGGAAUCUCAAGUCGAAAAGUUUUUACGUUCCGAACGAGAACGAAGACUCGUCGUAUGCUCAGCUACUCAGGUCGAGCUCAGACUUGGAUGCCAAGGGCUACCCUAUUGCUCCUAUCCAACAAGAGAAACUGGAUGAGUGUCUUUCGACAUCAUUACCACGCUCCUAUGUUAUCGGAAGUGACGCAGCGCCCCAUGAGGCUGUCCUGAGAUCACGCCUGGAACGCGUGCUCCAGAAUGGGAUGCGUGAAGAGGAAAGGCGAAUAAAGAGGUCGCCGGAUGAGGAGUCUUCAUCAGCAUCUCCACCCUCAUCAGCGCGCUCGCUUUCUAAUUCGUACACACAUUCUCAAUCAUCUGAGAAACCUCAUGUGACUGCACAUGCUGUGGAGCCUUUGAUACUACCAUCUAUAUCAUCAAAACACGGUCGGAAGCAUAGGUAUUCGCAGACGACGUCUGUACCUUACUCGCAAAAAUCACCACAAUCGCAGGGAGAGAUAUCACCGUGGAUGACGACGCCCCUCCCACCUUCGCCAUUCUCGACUCCGACAAAGAAGUCGCCUUCUUCACCAUAUGCUACGCCCUCACCGCACUCACCGAAUCCGGCGAUUCUCUCGGGCUUCUCGAGCGCCAAUCCCCAUAUACCAGUGAAUCCACCGCAAUUUGAUCUGCGCGCGGCAUCACAAGCUUGUAAACAGGCAUCAGGAUACGUGAGCUUUGCGAGUGUGGCUGGCCUCGGUGCACCGCCUGGCGUGGGCGAUGACGAGGUGAGCAUAAAGGAACCACAGCGUGGCCGAAGACGCGGGCGGUGGUGGGUGUUCUAGAUUGCAUGUAUUGGGAUGUAUUUGUUGGUUUCCAGAAAGGGGCCGUCGCGAUCUUACUGGACGACAUCCUGAAUGCGAGGAACAAGACUAUGUUAUGCUAAUUUAAUCCCUUGCCGACGAUUUCUGGAGGCUUAUGCCUAGUAUGCCCGCGUUUCAUGGACGGGUGCCUGCUACGUUUAUGGUGUAGCGUUCUUUGUACUCUGUGUAUGAUGCUAUAAUUCACCUCAGAUGGAAAAAAUGCGUCGAUUGCGCGCUGUACAGUUGACAGAUAGCUAGGAUACCCAAAUUUAUAAUGCAUUAGCUGGCGGAGAGCAACCAA